CGGAAGAGAGUAAGGAAGAGAGAGAGGGAGAGAGAGCAAGAGAGAGAGAGAGAGAGAGAGAGAGAGAGAGAGAGAGAGACAGGGCGUGCAUGUGUGUGAUGUGCAGAAGGAAGGAGCGUUUCUUCAGUUCCAGCUAGCCCCCCGCUGUAUGUGUGAGAGAGCGUGCCUGCGUGUGUGAGCGUGUGAGAGAGAGGGGGCGACAGAAGGCGACCAGAGAGGAAGAGAAGAAGGAGAAAGGAAGGAAGGAGGAGAGUAGACCAACCAAUUCAACAAUGCUGUGCUGUAUGAGAAGGACUAAGCAGGUGGAGAAGAAAGAGGAUGCUGACCAAAAAAUCGAACAAGAUGCAAACAAACCAGAGGACAAAGCUCAUAAAGCCGCUACCAAAAUCCAGGCCAGCUUCCGCGGACACAUAAUCCGGAAAAAACUCAAGGGGGACAAGAAAGACGAGACUUCUGGAGAGGUGAUGGAGAACCACAAAGAGGAAGCCAAGGAGGAUGCAGAAAAAACAGAGAACGAGGCCCCCAAAACAGAGGAACCCACCAGCGAUGGACCUUUGUCUGAAGAGGGCAAGAAGAAGGCCAAGAGCUCUUCGGAAGACAAAAAGCCAGAAGGGGGUUCAGAGGGGGAAGCCAAAAACACAGAGAAGUCCACUUCGGAAGAGAAGCACGCGCCCGCGGAGUCAGAGGGCACCGUGAAGGGUACCAGUGAAAACUCCUCGGGAGGUGACUCCAACCAAGCAAAGGAUGAGUCCAAACAAGCCAAUGUGCCUGCCGCUAGCCCAGUAGCUGCUCCGGCAAAAGAGGAGCCCAAACAGGAGAAGGUGGAGAGCAGUCAAGAUGAGGAAAAGAAAGGAGGUGAUGUAGAAGGAACCAAACCUAGCGAAAGUGCCCAACAAGAAGAGGCUGCAAGCGACGAGACCAAGGCGGACCAAGAAAAUGCCUGAACACAUUGAAAUGUCCCCCGUUAUCUCCUCUUGGACUCCAUUGUUUUGCCCUUAUGAACCACCCUAUCCGUUCUCUCGACCUCCCCUCCCCUUCUCCUCCUCACGUGGGUUCCUCCACCUCACCCCUUUGCCCCCCUUCUAUCUCUCUCUCUCUCUCUGUGUGGCAGAUUCUAUAACAGGCAGGAAAGUUUCAGUCCAACAGUGUGGCUUAAACAUUUUUUUAAGUGUUUUCUUGGUGUUGUUAUGGCGAGUUAUCCAGUAUGGUCCAAUCAAUUCAUUUUGGAAACUCUUGCACUGUAUCCAAGUUUAAUACCGCCUCCCGUGACCUAUCUCUCUGUUACACUGUGUGCAAUGUACUCCUCCCGGUUCCAGAUCUUUCCAGUGAAACGUUAAAAAAAAAGAAAAGGCGUCUUUUAUUUCCGUUUCUGUUUUCCUUUUUUUUUUUUUUUCUCUUUUUUUUUUUGUUCUUCAAUGUGAUGGAAUGAACUUAUCAAAAAACUAAAAACAACAACAAAAAAAAGAAUUAUUAGCCCUCCCUACAGUUUGUUUUCCAAAAAUAAAGCGAUGUGCCAAUUAGCGUAUAUAUAACCGUCCGCCCCCGUGUGUGUUACUUGUCCUUUCUUGAUCUGUUGACUUUUGACGCCACGCGAGAACACUUUUGCUUCCUGCCCGACCUUCCCUUCUGUAUCUUCUGAACUUAGCUCCCUGUGUUGUGAAUGAAGACGUCACUUUAAUGGCAUUGAGAAUGUACGGUUUUUGAUUUGUAGCGCACACGGAGGUAAUAAAUAGUUCUCGGUUCUCA